ACUACUGAUUUUUGCUCGACGCUGUUGAAAAGGACGCCGGGAAAUAGGGAGUACCGCUGUUUGCAGCAGAGAACUCGUGUGACGAAUAACAGGACAGGCUAGUUGGUUAGCUAACUAGCAGCAGAGAUUGUUCCUGUUUUUAUAGUGCAGAUAUUCAACGAAAUAAAACACAAAAAUGGCAGGAAGCGCAGGAGAGUGGUGCCUCAUGGAAAGCGAUCCGGGGGUUUUCACAGAACUGAUAAAAGGCUUUGGUUGCAAAGGAGCACAGGUUGAAGAGAUAUGGAGCCUGGAACCAGAAAACUUUGACAAGCUUAAACCGGUUCAUGGAUUGAUUUUCCUUUUCAAGUGGCAGCCAGGAGAAGAGCCUGCCGGUUCGAUUGUUCAAGAUUCAAGGCUUGACCACAUCUUCUUUGCCAAGCAGGUCAUUAACAAUGCAUGUGCUACUCAAGCCAUCGUCAGCGUGUUGUUGAACUGCUCACAUCCUGACAUGCAUCUAGGAGAGACAUUGACAGAGUUCAGAGAAUUCUCACAAAGUUUUGAUGCUGCUAUGAAAGGUCUUGCCUUGAGCAACUCUGAAGUGAUUCGACAGGUUCAUAACGGCUUUGCCAGGCAGCAGAUGUUUGAAUUUGAUGCAAAGUCAUCGGCAAAGGAUGAAGAUGCAUUUCACUUUGUGAGCUAUGUUCCGGUUCAUGGAAGGCUCUAUGAGCUUGAUGGACUUCGUGAAGGACCAAUUGACCUUGGUGCCUGCAACCAAGAUGACUGGAUAAGUGCAGUCCGGCCUGUUAUCGAGAAAAGGAUACAGAAGUACAGCGAAGGAGAGAUCCGCUUCAAUCUAAUGGCAAUAGUCUCUGACAGAAAGAUGAUUUAUGAGCGCAAGAUUGCUGAGCUACAGGCUCAGCUCACAGAAGAGGAGCCAAUGGACACAGACCAGAGCAGCAACCUGCUCAGCUCAAUUCAGUCUGAAAUAGCAAAAUACCAACUCCUAAUAGAUGAAGAGAAUCAGAAACUGAAGCGAUAUAAAAUUGAAAACAUCAGAAGAAAGCACAAUUACCUGCCCUUCAUCAUGGAACUGUUAAAGACACUGGCUGAGUAUCAACAGUUGAUACCGUUAGUGGAAAAGGCAAAAGAAAAGCAAGGUGCCAAAAAAGUCCAAGAAGCCAAGUAACUUCAUACUGUUCUGUUUUCAUGUGAAUGGCCACGGAUACACCUCACUAGUCUUCUGUAAACCUUGCGAUAAAUGCAUUAAGUUAAACUGAGGACUUCCCCACAUUUGUUAAGAAAUUGGAACACAUGCAUGCAAGGAGAUGUUUAAAUAAACAUUUGUCUAUUAUUUUCAUAUAUAAAAUCUUAAGAUGUUCAUAUUUGCAAUGAGUUAUUUUGAAGGUGAACAAAAGAAAUAUCUUGUGUUUCUUGUACAUUUUCUUGUGGUUUGUUGUGAAUAAUUUGUUAGUUAACGCUCUUAAGUCUCCUAAGAAGUGUAUCA